AUGGCUGGUAUACAUUGGCAAGUCGGCCAGGCCACCUCCCUAAUGUAUAUUGCUAUAUUUGGCAGCAAAAAGGCCGGCAAUGAUCAAAGACUUAUGUUCACCGAAAACGGCAGUUCUGGCUUCAUGUCCGACGUAGACUUCUACAACGGGGAGUACGGACUUUACGGUGGUAACCAGCAAUACACUGUCCGGAACUUCAACUUCUACGGUCACAGCUCAUGCGCCAUAGCAAUGCUCUGGGAUUGGGGCUGGACGUGGCAACAGAUUACCAUCAGUGACACACCCGUGGGCAUCCUUCUAAUGAAUCCGGAUGACCCGGGAGGACCAGUGCCUGGAUCCAUAUACCUCAUGGACUCCCAGUUUCAAUCAGUUGGCACUGCGAUCAAAGCGAAUCAGCUGAACGCCGACCUGAAAGAUACGUCAGUCAUCGUGCUUGACAAUAUUGGGAUGCAAGGAGUCUCAGAAGUACUCACCUUCUCCGACGGUUCGAGCAUGGAAAUUACUCCAGGCACACUCGAUUUUUUCCUCUUUGGGAAUAUGAAAGACGGUUCGUCCACUUUUGGUUCUUUUGGUCUGGCAAUGCCUCAUCCGGAUGACAGUCUCGCCCCUAAUUCGACCCCGCUUUAUGCCCGGCGCAGCUAUUUUGUCAAGAGCCGGCCCCAGUACGAGAACUAUCCUCUUAGCUCCAUCAUCGAUGUCAAAUCGUUUGGCGCAAAAGGAGAUGGUCAGACGGAUGACACAGCCGCAAUACAGAAGGCUCUUAACUCUGCGACUGAGAGCAAUGUCAUAUAUUUCCCCUCGGGCUCCUACGUCAUCACGUCCACCGUGAAAGUACCUUCAACAUGUCGGAUCACCGGCCGUGUUUGGUCACAGCUGGUUGCUAGGGGAUCCGCUUUCGCGAACAUGGCGGAACCGACUCCAAUGAUACAAGUCGGUCAGCCUGGAGAUACUGGUACAGUGGAGUUCUCCGACAUACUCUUCACAUCGAUUGGACCACUGCCUGGUCUCGUGAUGGUUGAGUGGAACGUUGCCGCCACAGAGACCGGCUCUGUCGGCAUGUGGGAUACUCACUUCCGAGUAGGAGGGGCUAUCGGGACGAAGAUGCAAGUGGCUGACUGUCCUCUCGGUCAGCCCAUCAAGACAGGUUGUAUCGCAGCCUCUCUCUUGCUACACAUCACCCCUCAAGCUAACGGCUAUUUUGAGAACGUGUGGGCUUGGGUUGCAGAUCACGAUCUGGACGAUGCUGCCAACACUCAAAUCACGGUCGCUGCUGCUCGCGGCAUCCUCGUCGAGUCGGAAGGUCCAACAUGGAUGAUCCAAACGGAAUCCCCAUACUUUCAAUACACCGAAGCAACCAUCUCACCAGGCCCUUUCAAAAGCUCCAUUGGGCUCUUCAACGGCGAUCCAGACUUUGCCUCCGACACGACCUGUGAUUCGACAGAUCUCAUGUGCGAUUUCUCCUGGGCCGUGAUCGUGGACAGCGUCACCAAUCUUAGCAUCGCGAGCGCCGGCUUGUAUUCCUGGUUCGACAACUACGUCCAACCGUGCGUCGACACACAGGAUUGCCAGCAGCGGAUUUUCCUCAACAAUGGUGACAAUGCGGGUUUCCGGCUUUUCAAUCUCAUCACAAUCGGCAGCGUUGAAAUGCUCAGCUCCCCUUCCGAGGACCUGAUCAUAUACGCUAAGAACAACACUCAGCAGCAGAGUCACCCUUUCUGGAGCAUGCUUACUGCUUAUCUCGACGAUGCCGCGACUUCUCCUGAGAGCGACGACAUAUACGAAUGUGCCGACAAUGAUACCUCCCCUGAAUGUUACACACCAUCGCUGUGUGACUACACCAUGAGUUAUGUCGAUUUGGACGCAGUUCAAGCGGCAUCGGGCUCAUUUGCGGCCGCAUGUGCGGACUUCUAUGCGCUUACGGCGCUGCGUAAUAUGCUCCAAGCGAGCGUGGACGAAUUCAGCAGCACGAAUAAUGGUUAUGACUCUCUGUACAGCUACUACGUGGAAUCAGUCAAAGAUUUCGUGCCCAAUGGACUGGCCACCUUCAUGGCACAGGGAGGAGCUGGCAACCAAUACUUCACAUGCGCAUUCGUGGAAGCGUACACUCCAGGGAUCAAAUCGGAGACCAUUACCCAUCAAUGCCCCAUCACUCAGAAAGAGAUCGGCUUCAUAGCAGCAUAUACUGUUACCUAUACGCUGAACGAUGCCAAUGGGUUCUUCGAUGCCCUCCAGACACAACUUGGCAUUGAAAAGGACUGGGUCCAGUUUGGUGAUCAAUCCACGCCCCUCUUCUGCGAUACACCAGGUACCCCGUGCACGGGUCAAGGUAUCGAACUGGUCAAUUAUCCGAUGGCUGCUGGAAAGAUAACGGUUACCAAUCCCAAAGAUACGGUCACCGCGGCCAUGACGAACGUCACAGCGACGCAGUUCACGCUGUUGGCCGCAGAAGUCGAUCUUGUUGCUGGCCUCUGGUAUGGGUCGACGAACGACAUUGUGCAAGUCUUAUCGAUGCCUGUGUUACUGCUCCAGCAAGGUCUUGACUCCAUGGCGCAGGCCAAGACCAUGGCACAGUCGCAGAAGGCACAAGACAGGAAGAAUCUCAUCCUGGAGAUCUUGACCGUUAUAUUUACGUUCAUUCCUUUCCUUGAUGAUGUCGCGCCGGCGGCGCUGGCUGCCGCUAAGAUCGGGACUCUUAUUGGCGACGCUGGAAGUCUUGCUAUCACGCUGCAGGACAUUGUCACGAACCCAAGCUCUGCGCCUCUCGCGAUCCUCGGGGUGGUUGGAGGCGCAGGCGCUACGCUUGCGGAUGUGGGCAACAUGGCUAAACUGGCAAACGCUCGGAGAGGAAUUUCAGAGGACACAAUAACUGGUAUAGGUUCUAAGUUCAAGGCGCUAGAUGAUGACCUGAAGGCCAUUGAGCAGCCUUCAUGUAAGAUCUGA